ACUGUAUUACCGACAGCUUUACGGUAGGAGCGCGGCCACUGAGGAUGUGCGUGAGUCGCCGUGGUCUUUUCAUCUCCUCAGAGCGCGCAUUCGGGCUUCAAGAUGAUUUUAAAAGAGCUCUAGCUGUGUGGUUUUUUGUUGUUGUUGUUGUUGCUGUUUUCACCACACACGCCGCUGAAUUAAACCGUAAAGAGAUGCGCUCAGAUAAAGGCGGAUACAUUGUCCGGACACCGCGACAGGAGGAGAGGAGCAUGUAACCGGGAGAAACGCACCGGCGGCACCACCACCUGACACUUCCCCCCUGUGUCUCCUCACGAUUUUCCUCGUAUUUUGAGGCGCCUGGAUGUGUUGAGUGAAUUCUUGUCGUUGGGUUUGGAUUUAAUCUACAGCAAAAUGAGCGAGGAAGUGUCAGAGGUCCCCAAAGAGCUUCUGGAGAGCGUGAGGGAUGCGGUGGGGAGGAAGGUGAAGUUGUCUCUGAGGAAGAGAGUCAAACUGGAGAUCAAAGGAGACAAGAUGGAGAACAGAGUCCUGGCCCUGGCGUCUCACCGAGCCUACCUCUUGACGGCACGCAUUCCCACCAAGGUGGAACACGCCUUUAAUUAUCUGGAGAUCCAGGGGAUUGCUUGCAACAAGCCAACACAGCUGUUCAUAGAGUAUGAGCGCGGCUCGUUCUCCCUGAAACUUCCUUCCACGGAGGAGGUGAAUGAUGUGGUGGCUCACAUAGGAAACUGUCUGCAGAGGAUAUGUCCUGGUCUACCGCCCAGUAAAGUUAUGAAGAAGCUUUGCAUGGAGCCUCCGGACAGGCUGAUCUCUCUGCAGAAUCUGUGGGAGAACAACAAGCCUGCUGAGCCUGGGCCCUGUGGUGGGUUUUCUCAGAUGUACAGAUGUGUGUGUGACUGGCUGGGGCUGCCUUACAGAGAAGAGGUGCAGUGGGAUGUAGACACCAUCUAUUUGACGCAAGACACUAGAGAGCUCAACCUGCAGGAUUUCAGUCAUCUGGAGAACAGGGAUCUGGUGGCUAUAAUCGCAGUCCUGGAGUUUAACCAGUGGUUCACCAAGCUCUCCACAAAGGAUUACAAACUGUCUGCAGAUGUGUGCGAACAGAUCCUCCGGGUGGUGUCUCGGUCCAGUCGGCUGGAAGAGUUGGUUCUGGACAACGCGGGACUCAAAACUGAUUUUGCCCAGAAGUUAGCUGCUGCACUGUCCCACAACCCCAGCUCAGGACUCACCACCAUUAAUCUUGCCAACAACCCCCUGGAGGACAGAGGUGUUUCCUCUCUGGGUGCUCAGUUUGCCAAACUCUGUAUGGGGCUCAAGCAUUUAAACUUUUCCAAAACCUCACUGUCACCUAAAGGGGUGAAUAGCCUUUGCCAGUCACUGAGUGCCAACCCAUCCAUCUCCAGCAGCCUCGUCCAUCUGGACCUCUCAGGGAAUAUGCUCCGAGGAGACGACAUGCAGCAUUUCUACCACUUCCUGGCUCAACCCAACAGCUUGGCAACCCUUGAUCUCUCCAACACUGACUGCUCACUGGACCAGGUUUGCUCAGCUCUGCUGCGAGGCUCGGCCCAGCACCUCUCUGUUCUCAACGUGUCAAAGAGUGUCUUCCCUCACAGGAAAGGCAAAGAGGUGCCUCCCUCAUUUAAACAUUUCUUCAGCAGUGCCAUAUCUCUCAGUUCCAUCAACGUGUCAGGAACCAAGCUGCCCCCAGAGGCCCUCAAAGCGCUCCUGCUCGGCCUGGCCAGUAACCCUAAUCUGAAGGAUGUGUCUCUGGACCUCAGCUGCUGUGAGCUUGGCCAUUGUCUGCGGUCUGGAGGUUCUCAGAUCCUUGAAGGUUGUAUCGCUGAGAUCCCAAACAUCUCCAGUCUAGAUAUCUCUGAUAAUGGCCUGGACUCAGAGCUGUCCACUCUGCUCGUUUGGUUAGCCAAGAACCGCUCCAUCAAACAUCUCUCGCUGGGCAAGAACUUCAACAACAUCAAAUCCAAAAACCUCGCUCCAGUAUUGGACAGCCUGGUUCACAUGAUUCAAGAGGAGGAGUCGCCCCUCACCUCUCUGUCUCUAGCAGACUCCAGGCUCAAGAGCGAUCUCACCAUCGUCCUCAACGCCCUCGGCAGCAACUCCUCGCUCACCAGGCUCGACAUCAGCGGCAACGCCAUGGGCGACAUGGGAGCCAAGAUGUUGGCCAAGGCGCUUCAGAUCAACUCUAAACUCAGGACUGUGAUGUGGGAUAAGAACAACACCAGCCCUCAGGGUCUGCAGGAUGUCGCAGCCGCUCUGGAGAAGAACUUCACCAUGCGUUUCAUGCCCAUCCCCAUCAUCGAUGCCUCCCAGGCUUUGAAGGCAAGCCCAGAGAAAACAGAGGAUGCCUUGCUAAAGAUUGAGAAUUAUUUGUACAGAAACCACGAAACUCGGAAAUAUUUACAGGAACAGGCUUAUCGGCUCCAGCAGGGCAUCGUGACCACAACCACACAGCAGAUGAUCGACAGGAUUUGUGUGAAGGUGCAGGACCACCUGAACUCUCUGAGGAAUUCGGAGACGGACGUUGUCUUGGAGGAUGUCAGGUCGGCAGAGAACCUCAUCAAAGACGCCAGGAACUCUAAAACGCUGCUCCCCAACCUCUACCACCUUGGAUCAGCAUCCAGGGAGGAGGUGAACAGUUCAUCAGUGGGUCCAAUCCAGGAGAAACUGGAGUCCAUGGCCGGGGAGGUGACUUCUGUCAUGGACCAACAACUACAGACUCUGUUGGAGUCCAUGGUGAAUGCAGCAGAGUUGCUUUGUCCCCAUGUGAUGAAGAGGAGCAAUCUUCGUCCAGAGCUGAUAAAGGCCAGCUCAGCCAAGAUGGUCGUACCUAAAAGCUUUGUCACCAAAACCCUCCUGGAGCAGUCUGGGGUUGAUAUCAUCAACAAGAUCAGCGAGGUGAAACUGAGUCUAGCGUCCUUCCUGUCUGAUCGAAUCGUUGAUGAGAUAUUGGAGGCUCUUUCCACGUCACAGCUCACACUGGCAGAUCAUCUGGUACGUCGCGGUCGUCCCUUGCUACAGCAUGACUCGGUGGAUCUGGACGUCCCGGAGGAGAAGAUUCCUAAACGUGCAUCAACUGAGAUACUGGAGGCUGAGAGGCUUGAGGAUCUGGAAACAUGCAUGACUCUGUGCUGCACCAGUAUGACUCCUAAAUCCAAAAGGAAAAGCAUUCAUAGCAGAAUGCUGCGGCCGGUGUCUCGUGCCUUUGAGAUGGAGUUUGACCUAGACAAGGCCCUGGAGGACGUCCCUAUCCACAUUGAGGACACUUCAGCCUCGUCUCAGACUCCAUCCACUCCGUCUUUGGUCCCGCUCAAACUGGACCGAUGUCCUCCAGGAGUGAUGGUAGAGCUGCCGUCUGAGGAAGAAAAAAAGCUGCAGCACUUCACCAAACUACGACCCCGGAGGAACAAGAAAAAAAAUUCCAGCAAAGUACCUCAAAUCAGCAGCACGUCAUCUCAAGACGGGGAACAGAACGGCCUCAUGGGAAGGGUGGACGAGGGUGUAGAUGAGUUCUUCUCGAAAAAAGUCACCAAGAUGGAGUCCAAACGUUCUCUGAAAAGUUCAGAAUCCCAGGAUGGAGAGAAAAAGAAGAGCAAAGGAGGAUUUCUAAACCUCAUUAAACGAUCCUCCAAAUCUGAUAAGUCAGACAAAUCGGACAAGUCAGAGAAGAACCAGGCAGCUCCGACGCCCCCUGUUUCAUCCUCAGCCUCCGCAGCCGCCGCACCAGCAUCCACCAUCCCAGAGGAGCCCUCCUCUCCGAAGGUGGCAGUUAGGAGCCCAGCACCUGAGCCGAAGUCAAGAGACGCCUCCAGCCGCUCACAGCCCACAGACUACAGCAGCAGCUCAGACCGCUCGGAGGAGCUGAGGACUCCAGACUCCAUAGACGAACCAUGGGAGGUUUCAGACGGCAGGGGAAGUCCUCAGGGAGGGAAGCGGUACCCUGGGCUGCAGAUGAUGGGCAGCGGCCUGCUGGCAGAGAUGAAGGCCAAACAGGAAAGGAGAGCACACAAGUCUUCCAGCCCUGACAGACCUGACAGCAAUUCAACAGCAGCCAAGCCCCAGCACAACACUCCAGAGAGCAGGUCUCCCAGUGGCUCCAUUAACAAAUCAGAGCCUGCUUCUCCGGAAAAGACCUCACCGCGCGUUGAGACCAAGCCCGAACCAAACCCUCGCCUCAGAGCUACAUCUUCCUCGAGUUCUCCUGGAGGCCCAGUGAGCCCCAAACCACCGGUGCCACAGGGGACAAAGCCAGCCCUGGCUGCUCGACCCACCAUCCCACAAAAGCCGAGGACCACCAGUGGCAGCAGGAGCAUCGACGAGGCCUCAGAUUCCCCCAGCGGUGGCAGUGUGUCUCCUAAACUUCUCCCUCCCACACUGAAGAGGGACAAAGACAAGGAGUCGGGAGUCUCCACCAACAAAACCACUCAGGAAGGGAGGGCAUCGUCGGACUCUUCUCAACGAUCCAGCCCUCUCAGCUCCAACUCUGAAGAUCAUGGCUCCUUAAAGACCAAGGAGAAAGGCUCAAACCCAGCCAAGGACAAGGCAACAGGCAAAAAGUCGUCAGACUCUGGGGAGGAGGCAGACAAAGACUUUAUUUUAAUAUAAGUAAGACAAGUUUACAGCAAAGGCCUGCAGAUAACCCCCUCAUUUCCCUUUAGAAAAAGCACCUAAUGAGGGGAAAAUGUUACGACUUCAUUUAUAAGUUUGUACCUGUUGGUCCUGUCUGACCACAAAGUACAAGUCAGGCCUGGUUUGCAGGAAUUCCUGCCAUAAUUUCGUUGAUGGGUAUUAACACGUAGGUCAUUACGCCUCGUAACCAAACUGUGCUAAAUCUCAGAAGAGCUUCCUUCUCACAAACAGCCUUUUCUCUAGAUCUGCUAUCAGCCCUGUUCUUACUCCGCUGUCAGGUAAAAAUCUCAUGUCUCUGUUAGAAUCGACAUUUGGGGGGUUGGUCGAGGACGAUUAAGAUUAUUCACCCAAUGAAUGACACAGCCUCAAUCUACGUUUACCACUGAAACGGAGCAGAGACACCAUGAAACUGAGUGUACAUCUAAAAUCACCUCCUUUUACUAACAGACUAAAGUCUUUUUACUUUACGUUUGUUGCCGUAGCUUGUCUCCCAGGGACCAAACACACACUAACAAUUAUACCAGGAUUAAUGUACUGUACUUGAAGUCAAACAUAGAACCAGACCAGGACCCCGUGGCAUAUUUUUUCUUCAAUAUAUUUGUAUAGAUUUUACUAUAUUCUAUUUUCAGUACGUUUUUCCAGGCUGCAGACCUAACCGAAUCAUUUAUGCAAUACAUCGGUUUUUUUUGUUUUUUUUUUACAGGAAUAUACAGGUUGCAGCUGAGAAUCUCAGCACAGACAUGAAUCUGUAAUAUAUUGAUGUAGCUUGCCAAACGCGACAGCUCUGAGUUAUUCGCUGAAGAACAUAAACAUGUUUAUGUGUUGAGAGGACUGUGGUACACAUUAACUUCACGGAUAAUCAAAUGGCUUCAGCACUGUUAACUAACACUGUUCUGUGUAUUUAGACACUGUGGAAAACAUUUAUUUUCUGCUGUUUAUGGUGAGAGUAGAGGUUAUGUCAUUAAAGUGCAAUACAGAUUGGGACUGUAAACAUUUUGGGCCACAUUCUGUGUUGUUUAGUUCGAUCAAGUUUUAGUAAUUUACUUCUCCUGAAGACAGAUUUAUCUUCACAUCCCACCACACACUAAUGUCAUAUAUUGGCCACUUUUCCACCCCAGGAAUACCCCCCAGGAACUAGGAACCUUUGGAGGUACUCCACCUCUGCCUGGCUUCCCACCUUAGAGAUCAGAGUCUCAGAGUUAAGUUAGGUUAAAUUAGUUUAACCUCAAAAGGUCCCCUCUCAGGGGUUAGUGCUUUUCAUCAUUACAGGAACUUUGAUGUGUUGUGGCUUACAGCGCUGAACAUUUCUCAUCAGUUAAGGACAUCACUUUAUUAGAGACUGUAGCUGUACGGUUUGUUGUGCUUUGAUACAAGAACACAGUGUUGCAUAGGGAGAAGUACAAUGACCCCAUUUGUAAAGCAGUUAAAUCACAAUCAGUGCAGCUUCAGUCUCCUCCAUGUUUACUAUUGUUGCAGUGCUGCAUGAAGGAAAAUUAUCUUUGUCUGGCUCUUUAUACUGUACGUCACUAUAGCUGUUGUAUAUGCAUUACUGCCACCUGGUGGAGUAGUGCAGGUUAGUGUGUUAUUGAGUCAUGCAACCAAAAAAAUUUAAAAAAUGAUGUCAAAGGACUAAUUUCACACAGACAACGGUUGGAGGAACCUUUAAGUUCCUGGGACAGUUUUUGGUGGAAAUGUGGCUACAGAUUAAUAUUCCCCUGGUGUGCUAAAUGACGGCAGUGAGCUUUGAAGGUAAUAAUUACAGUAGAAUAAGAGAUCUUUACCAUUGAAUUCAUCAGUUAUUUGUAUGAAACCAGGAUGCAGAGGGAACUCCAGCGUUCAAACUCUUUUGUUCACUUUCACUUCUUUCCAUAUGGGAUACCGCAUUCCUUCUAUAUUCUGUAUAUUAAAGAACAAGGCCCAUUAAAUGGCAACCAUGUUGCCUGUAGUGAAAGUGAAUUAAGGGUAGUUGUGUUUUUCUCACAUGGACCUUGGGGCUACACUGUAUGUAAAACCUGAAUUCUUCACAUCAACACACAUCUCAGGCCAGUUACUCUGUUUUUUCUCUUGUAAGAGCAACAAACGCUGUUUUCAUACCACGAUACAGUUUGCAGCAUAACUCUUGUAAUUCAGUUCAAAAGUUGUCAAUAAUGAGAUCUCGUACAGCUGUCUAAGAUUUGUACCCUGAAUAUGUUUGCAUGUAUUUUUUACAAACACUGAAUAUUAAGUGUAGGACUCAGAUUUGACCGUGAUGUUAUCUGAAUUACUAUUUUUCCAAUUUGACUUGAAAACACAAACAGCAAAACAAAUAUCUUAAGGAAAAUACCCCAAAUGUAUUAGAUAUGGUGCUCUGUUCUUAGUUCACUGUAUUAAGCCUUUAUACAGCCUCAUCUGCAACUUUCCCAAGUUCUGCAAAUCACACAAUGUGAAGGAGAUGCAGCAUUAUACUUCACUAGCAACUGUAUGUGACAUCAAUUAAUUUUCUUGUAUCAACGUAAACCACUGGUUUUACUUUAAACGUGCCAAACUGUCCUUCAGCGUUGAUCAAAAUGUGCACUAGACGUUGGUUCUCGGUAUGCGCAGUGUGAAAGGAACAAAGCCUUGUACUGUACAAGAGCCUAAUUCAAGUCAGGCCCAAAGGUCUUAAUGGUGCACCUUUCCUACAUUACACUGUCUAUUGAUGUCUUUUUUGUGGGGUUACAAUUAGAUUUAGCUUCUUUGUCACUAAUCAUGAAUUACAAAAAACACUUCCGCUGCUGUAUAUAGUUAAUCCGUCGACAUCAUCAGCAUCACUUCCCGUCUCAAACACGCGGCUACUUUGCAAUAACUUCAUAGCAAACGCGCGUGGCUGGUUUCCUCUGCUUUGUGAAAACCACUUUGCUGACGCAGGGAAAUUAUCUGGACACUCUUUUUGCUUUCUGCGUGAUAUUUCCAAAGCAACGGUUUGUGUUGCAUUGUGUGAAACACUAAUAAUAACUUCUGGCUCUUUCCAGAAGGCGAGCAUCCCCUUGGUUUCUGUUGGAGAAACAGGAGCACGACGAGUCUGUGUAUGUGUGUGACUGCAUGAUGUGUGAGUUUUACUAUAUGUAUAUAUGUGCUUUCAUACCUGUGUAGGUGUGUAUAUAUAUGUAUGUGUGGCAUAUGCACAUGUAAUAUACACACGCCUAUACGGAAACAGCAAAUCCUAUAUUGUUUUGGUACUAAGUACACUACCAUACUAAGGGUUUGUUUCUAACUUAUUUGAAAUAAAAAAAAGGCAACAGUGGCUGGUCUUGAUCCCUUUGUUGGUUUUCCUCUCACGUGUAUAUUCUGUUCAUAAAUGUAGAAAUUGAUUUUAAAUUUGUAUGUAUUAAGUUGUUAUUAUAUGUAGUUGUUUUACUUUCAUCAUGAUUUAGAAAAUAAAUGACAAAAUUUGUGACUGAACUUGAGCUGGGGAGAGGGGAAAAAUACUGCAUAAAUUCAAAUACAUCAAAUAGGUUUGCUCAUUUCACCAGUCUUGAUACAUGAUUUGUCGCAUUUUGUCAUGGAUCGGUAUGUUUCACUGCUACGUCUAGUUCUUCAAUGCAAAUAUUAACAUUGAUUAAAAUAAUUUUCCAGGCUAAAA